AUGCCGAGCCUCAUUCCACGGUGGAAGAAAAAGAAACGUUCAACUUUCAAAGAAUUGUCACCAUCAGACAGAGAUUAUCUAGUUGAUGUGCUCCAGGCUACGUCGCCAAAUAUACCAAGGGAAAACGAUCAAAUAGAGCAGUAUCAGGAUGAGCCAGUAUCGACAGACCGGCAUGAGGAAGAACCAGCACAACAACAUCCCCAACCAGCAGUAGACGAACCAACAUCCACUCAACCCACUCCUCCUCCACCACCAACACUAAACGAACCACCAGCGUUGCCCAAACCAACAUUCGAAUCCUUCCUCCGCCUAGCCACCUCAACCCUAAAAGGCUGGUCAAGACGCUCCACGCUUAUCCCCAACUCCACAAAAGCAAUACUAGCCAGUAACAUCUCCCUGGAAAUCAAUUCAUACAUGAAAGAGUAUGCGGCGAAGACGCGGGCUAUCUCCGUUUCGUCCCGGGGUCAUAUUCAUCGUAUCGUCGAGCAGUGUGUGCUUGCUAGACGGAAUUUGAGAGAAAUUAGAGAUUUUUUGCGGGAUUUGGGUGAGGACGAGCCUGUUAAUGGGGUUUUUGGGGAGUUGAUGGAGGAUACGUUGACGAUUUUGGGUAAUCUGGAGCGUGAUAAUUGGAUUGAGGUUGGGUAUGCUUUGAGUCAUCAGUGA